AUGUCUAAAAAUGCAUAAAAAUUGAUCAAUAAAUUAGAAAUCGAAGAAACAUAAUACAUAUAUACAACCUCAGAUAAAAUAAUCGUUUAAACAAAAGAAGGAUGGAUUCAUGUAAUAAAUGAAGAUUUCUCAAGAUUGAAUUAGUUCCAUUUGAAUAUAUUUAGUUUCUGUAGAUUAUGCUUACAUCAAGGUCUUCUUUUUUCCAUUAACUCUAAUUUAUUAGAAGCCAGAAACAUCAACAGUCUUGAUAUAGAAUUUUAUGAAUAUUAAGCUGAAAUAUUUUGUACAUCUAUUAAAGUAAUUGAUUCAGAAUUUGACUAAUUUAUAGUAAUAGUGUUAGACAAUGGAAUCAUUGAUGUCUUAAAAAAUAAAACAUCAAUACAUAGAUAUUAAUUAAGUUAAAAUAAAUAAAAUCCUAUUUUUGUUUAUGAUUGCAUUCCAGUAAUGCAGAAUAAUGAAUUAGUUAUUGCAGCUUCAACAAAUUAACAAUCAAUUAUCAUUUUGAAAAAUUAAGUCUAAUAGUAAACCUUAGAAUUGAGUUUCAAUCCAACAACUAUUUUCUCAUAUUCUAAAACAGAUUUAAGUCCAUUAAUAGCAUUUAAUAAAAAUAGGUUUGCUCUUAUUGCAAAUAAAGAAAUAUGUAAAUUUAAUUUUACAGAUAUAACAAACUAUUACUAUGAAAAAUAUUGUUAUUUGAGCACAAAUGAGUAAAUUAUUAUGAUUGAUUUUGAUUAUUUAAAGAAAUGA